AUGGCCAAAACUCCGUCUCGUUCUCAAGGGUCUCAAAGACCUACUCGCCAAAACAAUGCGUCAGUUUGUUCGGUUUCAAAGGGAACCCGAACCACAUUUGGAUAUGGCGGAAAGACAACGCCUGCUUCAACCACUCGAUUUCAACGAUAUCAUCGAUCUAAACGCCGGCGGAAGCAAUACCACCUCCGGAAUCGGAACCCGAGAUCUGAGCGUUGA